UAUUCCCGCCUCUCGAAUGAAAAGCUCGCUACGGCGCGGAGCGUAUCGUAAAUAUGUUUUACUCAAUUGCACUCAGUCGAACGGCGCGCUUUGGUAAUGAACGUAACAGAUUCAGCUUGUCGCUGAGAACGCGUCCGCGACUCGCAUUAGAUCAUUGACGGAUACGGCUUCCGGCCCCGAAAAGAGUCACUGGCCAAAAUUGUGAUAUUGUGAUAUAACAUAUAUGUAUAUAGAUAUAUAUGUAUAUGUAUCUGAUCAUAGCUGUGUAUAGUGCGUGUCUAUAUGUAUUUGCGGAUCUCUAAUUGCCGUGCACAGCUGAGAGAGCAGAAAACAUGAAAAUGACUGACAUGUGGAUAAUUUUUAUGAUAUUAGGCCUAAUCGUGCUCGCUCUGCUGAUACUGCUGUUCAUGGCCGCGCGUUAUCAGCGCGACUACUGGCGCUAUCUGGACAUACCGCACGAGAGGCCGAAGAAGCUCUGGCCCAUCAUCAAGCAGCUCGUCACGCAGUCCCUCAGCACCGACGACGAGAAGGUCGCCCACUAUACGAGCAUCUACAACAAGUUCAAGGGCAGCGGCCCGUUCUGCGGAUUCUAUGCGCUGCUGCAGCCGCGCGCUCUGGCCCUGGAUCGCGAGCUGAUACGGCAGAUAAUGAUCAAGAAUUUCUGGAAUUUCAAUGAUCGCGGCAUUUACUGCAAUCAGAGGACGGAUCCGCUGUCGGGCGAUUUGUACGGCUUGCGGGGCAACAAGUGGAAGGAGAUGCGCCAGAAGCUCGAUCCGUGCUUCGAGCGGGACCGCAUGGCCUGGCUGUAUGCGAGCCUCUACGACGAGGCCGAGCAGCUGCUGCUGACUGUCAGCAGCACGCUGAUGAAGCAGUCCCACUCGACCGUCCACAUACAGAAGCUAAUGCGGCGCUACGUGCUCUCGGCCCUGGCCAGCUGUGUGUUCGGUGUGAAUGCCGAGCAGCGGGAGAAGUACUCGCUGGACGAGUUUGAGCAGAUGACGGAGCUGGCGCUGAGCACGCGAAAGCACGGCUAUCUGAUGAAUCUGCUGAUGAUACGCUUUCCCAACUUCUGUCGCAAGCUGCGGCUGCGUCAAACGCCCAAGCCGGCCGAGGACUACUUUCUGAGCCUGCUCGAGGACAUUGUGGCGCAGCGCGAGGCGUCGGGUGAGCGGCGCCAGGACUAUCUGCAGCUGCUGCUGGAUAUUAAGGCCGUGGAGCUGACCACGCACGAGUACGAGGCCGACAAGGAGCUGAAGGCGCAUCUGCAGCACGAGCUGGCCGCCCACGCAUUCGUGUUCCUCAAGGCCGGGUACGAGCAAACCGCCAACACCCUGUCCCUCGCUCUCUACGAGCUGGCGCUCAACCCGGAGGUGCAGCGCGAGCUGCGCCAGGAGCUGAAAGCGGUCAUGGCCAAGCACCAGAACCAGCUCAGCUACGAGUGUGUGCAAUCCCUGACGCUAAUGGGCCACGUCAUACUCGAGACGCUCCGCAUGCAUCCCAUCACGCCGUACAUAAUGCGACGCUGCCUCAACGACUACACGGUGCCGGAUCACAUGAAGUACAUGCUGGCCAAGGAGAUAUUCGUGAUCAUUCCGACGCACGCCAUACACAACGAUCCCGAGUAUUACCCGGAGCCGGACCGAUUCAAGCCCGAGCGCUGGGGCAGUCCGCGCGACUCCUUCAAGGAGCAGAGCACCUGGUUCGGCUUUGGCUCCGGAGUGCGGAACUGCAUUGGCAUGCAGUUCGCAGAGCUGCAGCUGCGCGUGGCACUCGCCCUGCUGCUACUGGAGUUCGAGUUCAGUUUGAACUCGAGACGACCUUUGGUCAGCCUGCAGGACGGCAUCGCGCUGCAGCUGACGCCUCUGGGCGUGGUCGAGCCCGGGCUGGAGGAGCGUGCGGUAUGAAAUCGAGUGUAACUACGAAUAAUGAAUUUAAAAUGUGAAUAAACUUGAAUUGGACUUGGA